CGCUGGAUUCUCCCCCGCCCUACUCCACCACCUGCAGCUAGUUCCCGGGGCCCCUUACACCCCUCAGUCCAGAGCUGCUCCCCUGCACUCCGCUCUGCCUUAGGGGAGGCGCCUCGCGGGCGCCCCCCGGCCGGAAUGCCAGCGCCCGGCGUCCGGCUCGCCUUCUCCCGCGCCGGCAGUGCAGCAGCCCGCCCGGGACGCCUUUAUACCGAGCGCUCACUAAUGUUUAACUCGGGGCCGAUACUGCCCGCAGCGAGUGACGCCGCUGCCCCGAGCAGCUGAGCGGCACGCCGGUCUCGGCAGUUGGCGGUGACUUCUGCCUGCAUUCCAGCGGCGAAAACUCAGAGCCUAGGAGGCGCCGACCAUGAAGACUCCGUGGAAGGUUCUCCUGGGACUGCUGGCUGCUGCCGCCCUCGUCACCAUCAUCACCGUACCCGCGGUUCUACUCAGCAAAGGUGAUAAUGCUACAACUGACAAUCGCAGAACUUACACUUUAACUGAUUACUUGAAAAAUACUUUCAGAGUGAAGUCCUAUACCUUGUGGUGGAUUUCAGAUCAUGAAUAUCUCUACAAACAAGACAAUAAUAUCUUGCUAUUCAGUGCUGAAUAUGGAAACAGCUCCAUUUUCUUGGAGAACAGUACAUUUGAUGAGUUUGGGCAUUCCUUAAGUGAUAUUUUGGUAUCUUCUGAUCUACAGUUUGUUCUCUUGGAAUACAACUAUGUCAAGAUCUGGAGGCAUUCCUACACAGCCUCAUAUGCCGUUUAUGACCUAAACCUCAGGAAGCUGAUUACAGAAGAGAGAAUUCCAAACAAUACACAAUGGAUUGCAUGGUCACCAGAGGGUCAUAAAUUGGCAUAUGUUUGGGAAAAUGACAUUUACGUUAAAAUUGAACCAAAUUUGCCAAGUCAGAGGAUCACAUGGACUGGGAAAGAAAAUGUAAUAUAUAAUGGAAUAACUGACUGGGUUUAUGAAGAGGAAGUCUUCAGUGCCUACUCCGCUCUGUGGUGGUCUCCAAACGGCACUUUUUUAGCAUAUGCCCAAUUUAACGACACAGACGUCCCACUUAUUGAAUACUCCUUCUACUCUGAUGAGUCAUUGCAGUACCCAAAGACCGUGCGGGUUCCAUAUCCAAAGGCAGGAGCUGUGAAUCCAACUGUAAAGUUCUUUGUUAUAAAUACAGACACACUCGGCAAUGCAACUUCUGUACAAAUCAAUGCCCCUGUAUCCAAGUUAAUAGGCGAUUACUAUCUGUGUGAUGUUACAUGGGCAACGCAAGAAAGGAUUUCUUUGCAAUGGCUCAGGAGGAUUCAGAACUAUUCCGUCAUGGACAUUUGUGACUAUAAAUCCAAUGCAAGUUGGAAUUGCUCAGAGGCACGGCAACACGUUGAAAUGAGUACCACUGGCUGGGUUGGAAGAUUUAGACCUUCAGAACCUCAUUUCACCUCUGAUGGUAACAGCUUCUACAAGAUCAUCAGCAAUGAAGAGGGUUACAAACACAUUUGCUACUUCCAAACAGAUAGUAAAGACUGUAUAUUUAUUACAAAAGGAGCCUGGGAAGUCAUUGGAAUAGAAGCCCUUACAAGCAAUUACCUAUACUACAUUAGUAACGAACAUAAAGGAAUGCCAGGAGGAAGAAAUCUUUAUAAGAUCCAACUUAGUAACUACACAGACGUGACCUGUCUUAGCUGUGAGCUGAAGCCACAAAGGUGUCAGUACUAUUCUGUGUCAUUUAGUAAAGAGGCAAAAUAUUAUCAACUGAGAUGUUCAGGCCCUGGGCUGCCCCUCUAUACUCUGCAUAGCAGUGUGAAUGACAAAGAACUGAGAGUCCUGGAAGACAAUUCAGCUUUGGAUAAAAUGCUGCAGGAUGUCCAGAUGCCCUCAAAAAAGCUGGACUUUAUUACUUUGAAUGGAACAAGAUUUUGGUAUCAGAUGAUCUUGCCACCCCAUUUUGAUGAAUCCAAAAAGUAUCCUCUGCUAAUAGAUGUAUAUGCAGGUCCCUGUAGUCAAAAAGCAGAUGCUGCCUUCAGACUCAACUGGGCCACUUACCUUGCAAGCACGGAAAACAUUAUUGUAGCUAGCUUUGAUGGCAGAGGAAGUGGUUACCAAGGAGAUAAGAUCAUGCACGCAAUCAACAGAAGACUGGGAACAUUUGAAGUUGAGGAUCAAAUUGAAGCAGCCAGACAAUUUUUGAAAAUGGGAUUUGUGGACAAAGGACGGAUUGCGAUUUGGGGCUGGUCAUAUGGAGGCUAUGUAACCUCAAUGGUCCUGGGAUCGGGAAGUGGCGUGUUCAAGUGUGGAAUAGCUGUGGCACCAGUAUCCCGGUGGGAGUACUAUGAUUCCAUAUACACAGAACGCUACAUGGGUCUCCCAACUCCAGAAGACAACCUUGGUCAUUACAAGAAUUCAACAGUCAUGAGCAGAGCUGAAAAUUUUAAACAAGUUGAGUACCUCCUUAUUCAUGGAACAGCAGAUGAUAACGUUCACUUUCAGCAGUCAGCUCAGAUCUCCAAAGCCCUGGUGGAUGCUGGAGUGGAUUUCCAGGCAAUGUGGUACACCGAUGAAGACCAUGGAAUUGCUAGCAGCACAGCACACCAACAUAUUUUUACCCAUAUGAGCCACUUCAUAAAACAGUGCUUCUCUCUACCUUAGCAGCUCAAAGCAGCAUGGCAUUAAAGCUUAUUAAAAGCCAUUUUUUUUUUGUGCCCAUUAUCUCAAAACUGCAUUGUCAAAAGGAUGGUCUUAAAAAUUACACUCAUAUCAAGAAAAUUAAGGUUAUCUUUGCUUCCAAAUUUUAUACCUAUAAUCACAACUAAACUUCUAUCUUCACAACAGAUUAUUACCUUACAGAAGUUUGGAUUAUUCAGUCUGACUUUGUUCAUUGUUUAAAACCUUUUCUACAUCAGCUGCUGAAACAAGUAUAAAGCGUUUUCAGUGGGAGCUUUGCAGAGGUUCCCUGGGGAGCAUUUCCUUUUUUUCUAACCAGACUAGUCCACAUCUUGUACUCUUUUUUAAAGGGAUGGCAAGACAUGGGCAGUGAUGUCACUGGGUAGGGACAAGAAAAGAGAGAGGCGGAAAGAUAGAAGGGCACGGCUCGGAACCUAAGUCCAAGUAUACCGACCCGACCAGGCUACUGUCAGCUCCCCUGAGA